GGCCGGGCCGGGCCGAGGGGCGCUUUUGCGCGCGGAGCGACUGGGAGAGCAGGAUCUGGUCCCCGGAGAGGCGAGCCUGAGAGGCAGUGUUUCUUGUUGAGACUGGAGGAAGGAGCUGCCUUCUCAGAGAGCCGGCCUGCAGACAGAUGCAGGGCUUGAAGCCUGAGUGACCAUCCAGGAAGCUGGACAAUGGCAGCUGAAGAGCCAGCGGUGACCACUCCCCUCAGCCCUUUGGUUCAGGUACCUCCAGAAGAGGAGGAUGAACAGGCCGAGGUCACCACUCUGAUCCUGGAGGAUGAUUCGUGGGUGCAGGAAGCCGUGCUGCAGGAGGAUGGCCCCGAGUCGGAGCCCUUUCCCCAGAGUGCUGCUGGAAAGGGCAGCCCCCAGGAGGAGGGUGCAGCCGAGGGACCUCAGGGUGCGCUUGUCCGAUUUCGGGAGCUCUGUCGGCGCUGGCUGAGGCCAGAGGUGCACACUAAGGAGCAGAUGUUAACUGUGCUGCCAAGGGAAAUCCAGGCCUGGCUGCGAGAGCACCGGCCUGAGAGCGGCGAGGAGGCUGUGGCCCUGGUGGAAGACCUGACCCAGACUUUUCGGAACAGUGAUUUUGAGAUACAGAGUGAGAAUGGGGAGAACUCGGGUCAAGACAUGUUUGAGGAUGUGCAGUCCCAUGAGAUGUUCUUGAAAAUACCCGGAGGGGAAGGUGCCCAGCAAUCUGAUGGGGAGAGCGACUUUGAGAGGGACUACAGCUCUGGGGACGCCCAGGGAAAUGCCGCCCGUGAGGACCGCGGGGACGUGCCAUCCGAAGGAAGGGAAGUCGGCCAGCUAAUAGGCCUUCAGGGCACCUACCUGGGUGAGAAGCCUUAUGAAUGUCCCCAGUGUGGGAAAACUUUUAGCCGGAAAUCCCACCUCAUCACACACGAACGGACCCACACGGGAGAGAAAUACUACAAGUGUGAUGAGUGUGGGAAGAGCUUUAGCGACGGUUCAAACUUCAGUAGACACCAAACGACUCACACCGGAGAGAAACCUUACAAAUGCCGGGACUGCGGGAAGAGCUUCAGCCGGAGCGCAAACCUCAUCACCCACCAGAGGAUCCACACGGGAGAGAAGCCUUUCCAGUGCGCCGAGUGCGGCAAGAGCUUCAGCCGGAGCCCCAACCUCAUCGCGCAUCAGCGCACGCACACAGGUGAAAAGCCCUACUCGUGCCCCGAGUGUGGGAAGAGCUUUGGCAACCGGUCCAGCCUCAACACUCACCAGGGAAUUCACACCGGAGAAAAACCCUAUGCGUGUAAGGAAUGUGGCGAGAGCUUCAGCUACAACUCCAACCUGAUCCGACACCAGAGAAUCCACACGGGGGAGAAACCGUACAAAUGCACCGACUGCGGACAGAAGUUCAGCCAGAGCUCGGCGCUCAUCACCCACCGGCGGACACACACGGGCGAGAAGCCCUACCAGUGCGGCGAGUGCGGCAAGAGCUUCAGCCGCAGCUCCAACCUGGCCACACACCGGCGGACGCACAUGGUGGAGAAGCCCUACAAGUGCGGGGUGUGUGGGAAGAGCUUCAGCCAGAGCUCCAGCCUGAUCGCGCACCAGGGCGUGCACACGGGCGAGAAGCCCUACGAGUGCCUGACGUGCGGCGAGAGCUUCAGCUGGAGCUCCAACCUCAUCAAGCACCAGCGCAUCCACACCGGCGAGAAGCCCUACCAGUGCGCCGACUGCGGCAAGAGCUUCGGCCAGCGCUCGCAGCUGGUGGUGCACCAGCGGACCCACACCGGCGAGAAGCCCUACAAAUGCCUCAUGUGUGGCAAGCGCUUCAGCCGGGGCUCCAUCCUGGUGAUGCACCAAAGAGCCCACUUGGGAGAUAAGCCGUAUAGGUGUCCCGAGUGCGGGAAAGGCUUCAGCUGGAAUUCGGUUCUCAUCAUCCACCAGCGAAUCCACACCGGAGAGAAGCCCUACAAAUGCCCCGACUGUGGCAAAGGCUUCAGCAAUAGCUCCAACUUCAUUACACACCAGAGGACUCACCUGAGAGAGAAACUCUACUGAGGGGCAGCGAAGGGGGGGGGGGGAUGCUGGAGCCGACUGAAGGGAGACGCCCACAGUGCCCCCAGUGUUGUCCCUUAAAAGAGCCGCUUUUCCCAAAUACCCUUUGGGAGUUUUUGCCAGAACCAUAGUACCGUCUGUCCUCAUUUCUAGGACGUUGUUAUCUUGGAGUCCUGUGCAGCCCCAGAAGGGAGUGGAGGAGAGGGAGGUUGGAAGUCGGGUCUUUUCUGUUUCAUGCUUUGGUUGCCCCUCCAUUCCUCUGUGUUCCUAUUCCCUUGAGGUGGGGAGAUAGUUCUCCAUAUGGGAUGUCAGUCUGUCUGCAGCAGCCUAGGCUGAGCCCUCCAGGGAAUCCUGGACACUGUGUACUUGCGAUUGUUCGGCUGUGGCCUCGCCCGCUUAGGUGCCUUCACCCCGAGCUGGUAGUGUUCCAGGCUCCCUCCCUGUGCCAGGCUCCACUCAUGCCGGCUGUGGGUCAGGUCAGGAUGAUGGAUCUCCAAUUCUGAAUCACCUGUAUGAAGGCAAAGCCCUUUUCUGGUUUCCGAAGUGUCCCGAACACAGUUUGGGAGAGUGUGGCCUGGAGCUGAUGUCCAGGGUCUCUACAGUUGGUAAGGGGGACGGUGACUGCCAGGAGAGGUGCCAGCUUAGGGUUGUGUGCCUGCGUUUGUGUCUACAUACAGUCCUGCGUUGAUGGCUGUGCGGGGUGCACACUGGGACACAUGGAGCUUUGUGUUUGGACCCUGACCCUGGACCCCCAGCUGUGAGAUAGUGAGACAGUACCGUGUGCUGUGCACCAUGGAAGCACUUGUGAACCACUCUGUGUACUUGUUGGCGACCUGUCCGUAUUUUACACAUGUGCACACACGGUGUUUGGAGGCAGGGUCCCAUAGAGCUCAGGCUGGCCCUGAACUUGCGAUGUUUUUAAGGAUGACCUUGACCUUCUGAUCCUCCUGCCAUCAGUUCCUGAGUGUUGGGGUUACCAGUGUGUACCACCCUGCUCAGUUUAUGCAGUGUUGGGGACUGAAUUCCAAGCUUCUUUCAUGCCAGGCUAUCACACUACUGAGUUACAUGCUCAGCCUCUUACAGCUCUCGUUUUAUUUGUGUGUGUGUAAGUGUAUGGUGAUGUGUGUGUGCAGGUACUUGUGGAGGCCACUGGCUAACCUCCAGUGUGAUUCCUAAGGUACUGUCCACCUUGUUUUUACGAGUCUCUCACUGGGCUCUGGGACUCUCUGCUUAUGCUAAGCUCCUGGCUGGACAGCUAGGAGCUGCCUCCCAGUAUUAGGGUUACAAGCAUGUCACCACCCAUGGCUCUCAGCGUGGGUGCUGGGACUGAACUGGGGUCCUCAUGCUUUCUCAGCGUGAAAACUUCACCAACUGAGCAGUCUCUUCAGGGCACACUUUUUGAGUUUAUGUGUGUGGAUCUAGAAUACAGCCCUGCAGGCUUUGUAUACCAAGAGCAUCCUUUUUAAGGAGCUGUCGAUUCUGAGGGUAUCAAAAAUCGCCUGGUGGGGCUGACAGGAUGGCUCAGCAGUUCAGAGUGCUUGCUGCUCUUUCAGAGGACCCGAGUUCAACUCUAGUACCUGCUU